AUGCGCACUUCUCGAGCAUCUGAAGAAACUGCCAAGGUGCUGCAGGCUUUGUCGCCUCCUGCUCGACGAACAACUCGCAGCUCGGCUCAGGCUGCUAGUCGCCUUCAGGGCUUUGCUUUUGGGGGUGCUACUGCCCCGGAUGCAUCUGUCAGUGAUGAUGAUAGUUCGUCGCUCUCAUCUGUACCGACGGUUGAUAUUGAGGAUAUCAUGGAGCCGCCGGCCAAACGUCGCAAGAGUGCGUUGAGCGCGACGUCCACCAGGGCGAAUGCGCGCUCUAGUCGCAGGGCUGUCAAAGCAGAGACUGCUGUCGAAGAAGCACCGAUCAAGAAAGAGCCCGCUGAGAAGCCAUCAAAAGCACGACGGACACCUGCUCGCAAGAUCAAAACCGAGAAUGGCGCCUACUCCAUGCAGCCCCCCUCCAACUGGGAGACUAUGUACGACAUGGUCAAGAAGAUGCGAGAGGCAAAUCCCACUGCACCCGUUGACACCAUGGGUUGCGCCGAACUCUACUGGCGUGCGUCCUCUCCGCGCGACCGCCGGUUCCAGACUCUCGUUGCACUGAUGCUGUCGUCUCAGACCAAAGACACAGUCACGGCGGUGGCCAUGCAGCGGUUGCACACGGAGCUUGGAGACCAGUCGACGAGCAUUGUGAAGAAAGAGCCUGAAGAGUAUGACUGGAAGCCCACAGACCAGGUCAAGGACAGCACUCUGAAUCUGGAGAACAUCCUAGCCGUCACCCCCGAGCGCCUCAACGAGCUCAUUGCCAAGGUGGGCUUCCACAACAACAAAACCAAAUAUAUCAAGGCCGCAGCCAUUAUCCUCCGCGAUCAAUACGACUCUGAUAUCCCGUCGACUGCUCCUGAACUGAUGAAGCUCCCCGGCGUCGGUCCGAAGAUGGCGUUUCUAUGUAUGAGCGCGGCGUGGGGCAAGCACGAAGGCAUUGGCGUUGAUGUUCACGUUCAUCGCAUUACCAAUCUCUGGGGCUGGCACAAGACAAAGAAUCCGGAGGAAACUCGCAUGGCGCUGGAAUCGUGGCUACCGAAAGACAAAUGGCACGAGAUUAACAAACUGCUGGUCGGCUUAGGACAGACAGUCUGCUUACCUGUAGCUCGGAGAUGUGGCGAAUGCGAUCUUGCAGGAACCAAGCUCUGUAAGAGCGAAAUCAGGGGUCUCGUAACACCAAAGCGAGAGGCUGCUGUGAAGCAGGAGGGGCCAAAGGUGAAGGUCGAGCAGGAGACGACAGUUGGAUUCUCGCUUUCGUCACCGUUCAAUCGACCAUACCGCCACCUGGGACUUGCCGAAGGUCUGAAGGGCCCUACACUGUUCGAUUUGCCAGAAAAUAUCAGAAAUAGAAUCUUCGACUUCGCUGCUCUGCGUCGUUCUUGUAUCAUCGACUUCACCCUGGAGCGGGACCGCAUGAAGCGAGACCCGCCUUAUUGUCAUAGAACCGAAUUGCGAGCGCAUCGCAGCCCUUGGCUUCCGCUCAGCCGCUGCUACCAUCCAAAGCUGCCGACACAGUUGUUCCUGUCGUGUCACACCCUGCGCCGGGAGGCCGGUGCCUAUUUCUUCUCCCAUAAUCGCUUCAGCAUGUUUCUUCGCGGCCGGGCAGACUACAAAAACUUUGAAGCAUCAUUGCAAUGGGGCAUGGAACAUAUUCGGUACUUGCAUGUGGAUCUCGGUCAUAAGGAUAACCGAACGCUCAAGCUGGCAGGUGGCUCCCACCAAACAUUGUUGACGUGGUGGGCGGAGUUCUGCAAGCUCGCGGCAAUCGACAUGCCGAAUCUCAGAUACUUCAGCCUCAAAUGCAAAGCCUAUGAGCAGGAAGUGGUUGUUCGUGUGAUGCGUGAUAUGGAUCCGUUUCCCAGCCUGUUCAAGUGUGCCUUCUAUUUCAGCAAUGAUCAGGAUAAGAUCUAUAGUUUCCUGCCUGUGAUGAAGCGCACGGCGCGCCGCCUGACGGACAAUCUUGAUGUCCCGCCGUUUCCGUUCAUGUAUCUGCCCCGGGAACUUCAGCUGAUGGUGCUCGGGCACCUGCUCAUCUGUCGGUCCGAUCCGUGCAUGGCCGAUCCUGUUCCGGGCCUGAUCGUCUUGGAUUACCGCGACCGUCUGCGCUUCAAAUCCUGCUGUGGCACCUGCUCGCCGGUUGGAGGCAUUUGCUUCUGUGAUAAAACCGAGACGGUAUUUUCGACGGGCUGCACCUGCUUUGCCUCGCCAUUGCGCUAUUUCCUGGUCAGUCGGGAAUUCCAUGAGCUCGCUCGUCAGGUCUUCUGGGGCCGCAACAAGUUUAUGUUCGUGGAGGAGGAUCCGACCUACACCAUGGGCUUUCUGAGUGGCAUUCCCACGGAAUCCACGAUUCUGGUGCAGAACUUGACUUUCCACUUUCCCUUGUGCUUUCGGGCCACCCCGCAGACGGGAGCCCGUUCCGCGGACGCGAAUUUGCGGCACUGGGCAGUUCUGCGCCGUUUCAUCCGGGAGCACUUUGAUCUAGCGCGCCUAACCCUGAAGAUCCAUGACCAGGGCCGGGCCACGUCAAUGUACACUAUGGACAACCGCAAGAGAUAUUUGCGCCGGCUGCUUAUGGCGUUUACCGACAUGAGAGGGCUGCGAGGGUACCGGGUGUAUCUGCGAGAUGACCGCGGGUUCGAGAGACAGGCCGUGAUGGCUGUCAUGGGGCGAUGGGCUCCUUGA